GACCCACUGCACCAAAAGACCUCUCACAUCUGCAAGCCACCAAGUCAUUUGAGUGGCCUGAGAUAUCCGCUGUUGGUUUUCCGAUUCGACAAACACACCCGAUGAGGUAGCUUGCCUCGGUGAGGUUCCAAUAAGAGACUGCGUUUCGUUUUGUGUGUGUAAAGGUACGUACAAAAACCCUGCAAAAUCACGCGGCAUUUCCCACCCUCGAAAAGAAACAUGGCAUCAUUCUCCUUCGGAUUCGGCGGCGAUGACAUAGAGGACGACUCCGUUCCCGUCCCGGCCGCCGAGGCCUCCGCGCCCGCCGCCCCGGAGCCCGAGACCCCGCAGUCCGCCGCAGCAGCCAGCGCCUUUCCGGUCCCCGGCAAACCCCAACUGCCGCCCACCGCCCACGACCUGCAGGACAUGCUCUCCAAGCUGCCCUCAAAGGUCGCCUUCGGCAACCUGGACGUCACUCUGGACGACGGCAGCCUCAUCAAGAUCCCUCGUCGCGAGCUCUGGGAUGUGCGAGUGCAGCUCAUGGCCGAGGAUGAGGCCGCUGGUGACGGUGCCGAUGCCGAAGGCCUCGGCAGCCACGAUGUCAAGACGGGCGUCUACGAGGGCGGUUUCAAGAGCUGGGAGAGCAGCGUGGACCUCGUCAAGGUUCUCGCCAGUGGCCAAUACUUGGAUCUGCUCAAGCAACGGCCUCUCCGAGUGAUCGAGCUUGGAUGCGGCACAGGGCUCCCAUCGCUCGCUCUUUUGCAAUGGACCAUGAGGAAUCCAGCGCCGAGAUCGCCACUUGUGCUGACCCUGGCCGACUACAACCCGACAGUUUUGCAGUUGGUCACGUUGCCUAACUUUAUCCUCGCUUGGGCUCUGGAACGCAGAGAGCAGAACGCCGCCCUGGAGGAGGCCUUUGCGAUGGGAGACGAGCUCGAACUCACACCAGAGGUCUUGCAGCAAUUCAAGGAGUUCCUGACGUCUUCCCAAAUCUCUCUCAAUUUCAUUUCUGGUGGCUGGUCAGUGGAGCUUGUUGAUCUCCUCUAUGAGACUCAGUCCAAGCUGGACGGGUCCAGCAGUUUUGAUACCCUUCUUAUUGGAGCGGAAACCAUCUAUUCGCCCUUCGCACUCGACGCUUUCAAUGAGAUGGUCCUUGCCAUCCUCAAUAGAGAACAGAGCCAACGUAGCAGCUGCCAGUCGCAGGCGCUGGUUGGAGCGAAGCGGCUUUACUUUGGCGUUGGAGGUUCACUCGAUGAUUUCGUGGACAAGGCUAGGGGAAGAGGAGCAACGGUGACUCAAGUCAGGGAGGAGGCUGAGGGUGUUCGGCGAGGUGUCGUUCGAUGCACUCUGGGCUCACAUCGUGAAUAGACAUCAUGCCAGUCAAAGCUACAUACCACAUAGAGAGGAGGCCUCUCUUGUGAGUUCGCCACCGCCACAGCCAUCUAAGCCAUUCGUAGACCGGCGCAACAGCAUAUGUGCAUACAUGUUGGGCAAUGGCCGUGAGUUUGCCGAGUGAUGUCUUUUGCUAAAGCACGGGGGGCUUUGCGCCAAUGUUAGACAACAGUCUGUCACAUUGAUGUGGCUUUUCUGAGUCUUUUGAAACUCAAGAUACCAUGACGAUCCAGCCAGCGGCAUGGUUUUCAACGUUCAAGGGCCUGUGAAUUCUCGUGGGAGACAGUUCCUUUGAUCAAGUCACGAGACUGGCGUCUUGG